AAAAUUCUACAACUGGGCCUCACUCGCGAAGGCCUCUCGUUCGCGCAGGUUGAAGAACUGCUGGAAAAGGUUGUGAAAUACAGCGUCAAAACACAACACCCGCAUUUCUACAACCAGCAGUACGGGGGCAUCGAUGAAGUGGCUCUGACAGGGGCUUGGCUCACGGAUGCUCUCAACACCAACCAACACACAUAUGAGGUAGCGCCGGUGUUCAUCCUGAUGGAGCGUUUCAUCAUCCAACAUAUGAUAUCUCUCUUCGGAUGGCCAGAGGGUGACGGCAUAUUCUCCGGAGGUGGAAGCAUGAGUAACAUGUAUGGAAUGCUGCUGGCCAGAUACCGCCUUUACCCUGAUGUCAAACGGACUGGAAUUUUCGGCAGGAAGCCUCUCGUCAUCUUUACUUCAGACCAGAGCCAUUACUCAUUCGCGAAAGGCGCCUCGGUGAUGGGUAUAGGCAUGGACAAUGUGAUUUCUGUAGCUACGGACUCCUGUGGCAGGAUGCUACCUCAGGCUCUUCGAGAGGAGGUGGCCAAAGCAAGAGCUAGAGGAGGAGAGCCUUUCUUUGUCAAUGCAUCUGCAGGAACCACUGUCCUUGGCUCCUUUGAUCCCUUUGAGGAUAUUGCUGACGUGUGCCAAGAAGAGGGUCUGUGGAUGCAUAUUGAUGCCUGCUGGGGAGGAAGUGUCAUUCUCUCAAAGACUCACCGUCAUAAUCUGAACGGCAUACAGAGGGCAGAUUCUGUUUCCUGGAAUCCACACAAGAUGAUUGGUACAACAUUGCAGUGCUCCCCAUUCUUUGUGAGACAUAAAGGACUGCUCCAUGAAUGCAACUCUGCAAGUGCCACAUACCUAUUCCAACAAGACAAGUUCUAUGAUGUAAGUUAUGACACUGGAGACAAGAGCAUCCAGUGUGGGCGGAAAGUUGAUGCUUUUAAGCUGUACUUCCUGCUUAGCACAAAAGGAAUGGAUUUAGUAGAGAAGAAAAUUGAUGCUGCUUUCAGUGCUUCUGAUUACCUGAAUGAGCAAUUGGGAGUGCGUCCAGGAUUCAGACGUGUUAUAGAGAAACCCCAGUGUACCAAUACAUGUUUCUGGUACAUACCUCCAAGUCUCCGAGACCAGCCUGAGACACCAGAGUGGUGGGAAAAGCUAUCUAAGGUUCCUUCAAUAAUUAAGGCUCGGAUGGUCCAAGAAGGUACCAUGAUGAUUGGCUACCAGCCUCUCGCAUCUAAGAACUUGGUCAACUUUUUCCGUCUAGUAAACACUUCUACGCCAAUGACCACCAAUGCUGAUAUGGAUUUUGUACUAGAUGAAAUCGAAAGAUUAGGUAAAGACUUGUAGAGUACUUCAAAGUUUGCAAGGGUCAAUAAAACAAGUGUGAGGAAUAAAUUGUGCAGGUUUUGUUUGAGGUUUCCUAGGUUCAUUAUUUGACUAUUGUAGUGUAUUGAGACAUCUGAAAAUUUACUGUCCAUCUUUUCUAAAAAAAAAUAAGGAUGCUAAGUACUUGCCUGUAAAUAAAUACCUGCAUUUGUUAAAAAUCUGAAAUAUAAAAAUACUUUUAUUAAUAUUUUGUUGGUAAUAUUAAUAUAAAAGUAAUAAAAAUUGACCCUUGUACAAUAAAAUUAUUUGAAUAA